AUGCCAGUAACUGCCGUCGGCUCGCUUCUGGAGCUCAAUAAUAUUUUGGAGGUGAGUCGCGAAAAUCUCUAAUCGUUUUGAGCAAAUUUGUGCAAAAACGCAGGGCUGGGUAAAAGGCCGGCCCAGGCUUUUUGAGGCCUGGACCUUUGACCCACUUGUAAUGAUCCGAUCGGGACCAAACUUUGCAGGCUUUUUGGCAUUGGAUUGAAGUAUAUUGGGACCAAGUUUCAGACCGAUUGGAUCACCUGGUCCCGAGAUAUGUGGAUCAGAGGCCGCAAUUUUCGCAAAUCUUUUUUUCGGCUUCUGAUCCACGGAUCUCGGGACCAGAUGAUCCAAUCGGUCUGAAACUUGGUCCCAAUAUACUUCAAUCCAAUGCCAAAAAGCCUGCAAAGUUUGGUCCCACUCGGAUCAUUGCAAGUGGGUCAAAAGCCUUUGCCGAAAUUUGCGCCCAGCUCUGGCAAAAAGCCAAAAAAAUCUGUAACUUUCAGUUUACAAUAUUGUACAAUUGUGUGUAAAAGUUUUGCAGCGCUCCGACGCGAAUCGCCUGAUAAUCGUGGACUUCUUCGCUCACUGGUGCGGUCCCUGCCGGAUCGUCAGUCCGGCGUUCGAGCAAAUGUCCGCCGAGUUUGGAAAUGCCACUUUUCUGAAAGUGAACGUCGACGAGGCCAGGGGUAUCGAUUUUUAGAUUUUUAUAAGCGAAUCCAGAGCUGGGCAACCUUGUCCUGGACUUUUGACCCGCUUGCAAUGAUCCGAUCGGACCUAAACUCUGCAGAAGUCUUGAACUUGGAUUGAAGUAUACUGGGACCAAGUUUCAGCCGGAUCGGAUCAUUUGGUCCCGAGAUUUUUCCAAGUUUUUGCGAAAAUUGUGGCCUUUUUGGCCUCCACAUAUCUCGGGACCAGAUAAUCCGAUCGGGCUGAAACUUGGACCCAUCAUACUUUAAUCCAGGUUCAAUAAGCCUGCAAAGAACCUGUUACAGUCGCGGUAAAAUCGGAAAUGUCCAGAUUUCUGCCCCUUAAGGACAAUUCAGGCAAUCUGAAAGUGGUUCAAAAGUCCAGAACAAGGCACAGCCCUAGUGCACAUUUACAACCGCAAAAAGUGCAAAAAGUCGUAAUUUUGUCGUCGUUUUGCAGACAUAGCCGCCCGAUACGCAAUCUCUGCGAUGCCCACAUUCGUGUUCAUAAAGAAUGGGCGCCAAGUGGAGAGUGUGCGCGGUGCGAACGUGAGUGCGAUCCGCGCGGCCAUCGAAAAACACUACUCUUCGACGCCGGCCAAUCCGAAUUCCGCUUCCGACGCGGAAAAACGCUUCCUGGAGAGAUUUGUGAGCAGUGCGAAUCUGAAGAAUUACUACACGGACGAGGUGUUCAAAGCGCUCGCGAGAAGCGUCGUUCCGGAAGAGGAACUCGUUCGGAAGGCCACCGACCAAGACGGAAAAGUGUCGGAGAUUGAGUUGUUGAGAAGUUUGUGCGAGACUUCUAUCAUUUGCCCGUUUUCCUCUAUCAUUUUCCAACUUUAGACCUUCUCGAAUGGUUCAAAACCGACUUUUUCUCGUGGUUCGACAAGCCGACGUGCGAGAAAUGCUCGCUGAAAGCCAAGACGGCGCUGUCGGGCACGCCGACGAAAGCGGAAAGCGACGGAGGCGCCGCGCGAGUCGAGGUGUACUCGUGCGACGGAUGCGACGCCGAAAUGCGCUUUCCCCGCUACAAUGACCCGGCGAAACUGUUGCAGACGAGGUAGGCAACGGGAGACACUUGCAUUAUUUUUUGAGGGCAAUUCGGUUUUCUACUGCACUUUGUGUCAAAAUCUCUUCAGAACGGGUCGAUGCGGCGAGUGGGCCAACUGUUUCGCCCUGAUCCUCUCGGCGAUGGGUCUCGAGUGCCGCUACGUGUACGACACGACGGAUCACGUGUGGAACGAGGUGUACCUGAAAGACGAGCACCGCUGGAUCCACGUCGAUCCGUGCGAGAACACUCUGGACCGUCCGCUGCUCUACACGAAAGGCUGGAAGAAGCGGCUGACCUAUUGUAUCGCAUUCGGAAACGAUCACGUGGCAGACGUGACGUGGCGAUACGUGUACGACGCGAAGCGGACGAAUGAGCUGCGGACGGAGGUGCGCCAGAAAGUGCUCGAGAACUUUUUGGCGAAACUGAACGCCCGUCAGAUGGACGGACAAAGUGAGGAACGGAAAAAGGAGUUGGCGGUGCGAAGGACCGUCGAACUGUUGGAGAUGAUGACGGCGGAUGCGCGCAAUUUGAAGAUCGGAUGGGAGAAACUCGGCGAUGAUUUUGGCGGAAGAACUACUGGUGCGUAGAGAAAUGCGAUUUUCCGCGUCAGAAGACGUCCUAUGCUUCUGAAAACGUUCUAGAUGAAAUCUUCACAUCCAGUACUGUAUUUUUGCUGUUGACACUUUUUUCAUCCGACAACUCCUGACAGUUGUGUAGCUCUUGGAAGUUUGCACUUGCAAAAAAGUGCUUACUUCCAAGCUGCUUCUAAUUUUAACUGAAAACGUGUGAAAAUUGGUUUCUUCGGCAGAAAUUGUAAUGGAAAUUGUCUGGAAUAUCUGAAAAGUGCAGUUUUCGGUGUCCAAAGCGGAAGAAACCACGAAUUUCUGAGCUUUUUUGCAUAUCUGACCGUCACACUGUCCGCAAACACCGUCACGCCAAACUGCAGACUUUUUUCGACAACAUUUGCUUUUGAAGCCGUUUUUUUCGCAACUGUUGGACAUUUCGCAACUUCAACUUGUUGAAAUUGUGCUUUAAUAAAUCAAUUUGCGAAAUGUCCAACUCGGACACCUGAAUGUUGGCUUUUUGAGUUGAUCUUCUGCAAUUUUCAAAUAAUUCCCGUUUCGCAAUUAACAGAAGUUUCGCAACUGAGAAUUUUUAAAACUGCUCACCGUCUUUCUGGACGAAAUUUGAAUUUUCCCGUAAUUUCAGGCUCCGAAGAGUGGCGUCGUGCACGUGGCGAAAUGGGCUCCUCAGCAACGCCUGCCGUACUCGGUGCUCCGAUUAAAUUGGCUCUCGAAGGCGGAAAUUACGCGGAAUUCGGGUACGACGUCAACGCGGACACUUAUUCGCAAGAGCCGGCCCAAGGAUUCCGGGCGGCCGCGUUCUCGUCGGACAAUGUGAUGAGAAAAGUGGAGGACGACUGGAAUCAAGUGUACUUGUGCAGAAUUGACGGCGAAAAGCCCGCCGAGGUAGGCUCCCGCCAUUUUUUUGAAGCAACAAUGAAAUUUAAUUCAAUUUUUCUCCAGAUUUCGUGGCACUUCGAUCUGGAAUCGCUCGGAAAAGAGCUGGAAAAAGUGGAGAUUCACGUGAACGGAAUCGCGAAAUUCGAAAAUGGACGAGCGAUGGCGAUGGCGUGUUUGGGAGAUGUAAGUUGAGAAAAAAAAAACUGUUUAUCAAAAAAUAUCAGACUUGCAACCUGAUCUCCCCGAAAACUGGCGUCCUGGUGCUCGAACAUCCGACCGCAGGAAUAUUGAAAAUUUCGGUACUAAGAGUGAAGGAAAUCGUCUUUUCGAGAACAUCAUAAUUUUAGGCGAAUAUGUCCGGCGGCGAAGGAAGAAACGCGUUCCAGCACGCUCAAAUCUUCAGAACAAACAGAACGACUGUGCCGAUCGAAAGUCUGGUUGUAAAAGUGUGGACGAAAUAA